UCCGAUCCAAGAGCUCAUCACGUGCCUAUCGCAACUUGCUAGACGAGGAAAAAAAUUACGCCACCGAGUGACACUGCGAGCUAUCGCUUUCCUCCGCUGAAGAUCCCCGGUACACUAUUGAUCAGCUGCUGUUACUUUACGUGAAUUGAAAGGAGGAGUCUACUUCUGAAAAAGUCAUCUCACGACAAAGUUGUCUCUUUCCUUACUCUUGUGAUCAGAAAAGGAUAAAAGAAAAUCGUCAAUAUGAAGCUUACUUGUAUCUUCUUAGUGCUCAUUGGAGUAUCUUUGGCAAUGGCCACAACCGCUGUACCGACCACAACCGCUGUACCGACCACAACCGCUGUACCGACCACAACCGCAGCACCGACAACCACUGCAGCACCGACAACCACCGCAGCACCGACAACCACCGCAGCACAGACAACCACCGCAGCACCGACCACAACUGCUGCACCAACCACUACAGCCGCUGCACCGACCACCACCGCUGCACCGACCACCACCAUGGCACCGACAACAACGCCGAUGCCGGUGGUAACAACCUGGAGCCUGAAGGACCCCAAGAAUGCCACGUGUAUCUUGGAACAGAUGCAGGCCGACUUCUCCAUCAUGUACGAGAUGGUCAACGCAGAGAACAAAACUGUCCAAUCCACGAUCCCCUUCAUGCUACCCCAGGGAGCAAUGGUCGAUACCAUGAACAGCGCUUGUGGCGACAACGAGACCAUGCCAAAGCUUACUCUGAUCUUUGACGAAGCUCUAUACGGCAACAUGUUUGAGCAGUUUUUCACCAUGUCCGCCAACAACUCUGCCCUGGCCAACAUCACUCUGGCUCUUAAUCACACUGAAGUUUUGUUCCCCAACAGUACCCAAGCAGGCAAAUUGGUGAUGUACUCCGCCACCCUUCCCAUCAAUACCUUCAAGGUCAAGGACGGUCAGUCUUACCUCUGCAACUCACUCCAGGAUUUCAAGGUUGGCACCAACGCCAAUGUGACCUUCUCAAAGGUCAAGAUUCAAACCGCUGACAUCGACAACGACAAAUUCGGAAAUGUUUCCCAGUGCCCCCAGGACACGCCCUCCACAUCUCCGGCACCCACUAGCAGCAUCAAGCCAACGCCCACGCCCACGCCCACGCCCACGCCCACGCCACCACAGAGCUGGAACAUCACCGACGCCAACAACAAGACCUGUAUGCUCAUUGUAAUGUCCCUGGAGUUCAACAUCAGCUACAAGACUUCCAAAGACAAGGUCAAUGUGACUACCGUGAAGAUCCCCUCAGAUGCCGAUACCUCCCAGUCAGAGUGCAACAGCAACACCACCUCCAAGUUCGUCCUGACGUUCAUGAAAGGCUGGAAGCUGGAGCUGGACUUCACCCUCAACGCCACCGCCAAAGAAUAUAACAAUACCAAUAUGAUGCUCACCUACUCGUACAGUGACUUAUACGACCCUGCAAAGAAUGGUUCGGCUAACGCCUCAAUAGGAAACACCGGGAUCCACGCGCCGCAAGGAAAGUGCUACAGCUGCGAGGCCGGAGCCGAACUAAAGGCAAACAAUGUCACCUUUAUUCUCAAAGAUGUCAAGAUUCAGCCGUUUGCAUCGAAGUCGAAUAACACUUACGGUGCAGAGGCGCCUUGCGAUGCUGAUAACAAGAUUAACAACAUCGUUCCAAUCGCGGUGGGUUGCGCCCUCGCUGGGCUGGUCAUCAUCGUCCUCAUCGCCUACCUGAUCGGACGUCAGAGGAGUUCGAAAUCUGGUUACGAAUCGGUCUAAUAUGGAUCGAGACGGGGACCAAAUUAAUUCACAGUCAAGAUUUCUUCAUCUCGGCCAUCAGCCGUGCGUGUAGCAGGGAUUGUUCAUACCUUUAAACCAGAUUAUCUUGUACCUCGUAGCGUGUUAGGUGUUGGCAAUAGCUUACUCUAUUAGGCGUUAGCCAGGUUCUGACCCGUUUUAAAAAUCUAAUGUGAAAUGGUCAGUGGUGUAAGACAUCGGGGCGUUCACACCAAUCAUUUAAUCUCGUCGUGAGGAUUACAAUGUAUCGGAAAGUGACUUAAACAUUAUCUAUGUCAGCACCUCUUUGCUUGCCGGGUUGAAAUAAUCAAGUGUGAAAGGGUCAGUAGUUUGAGACAUGGGAACAUAUUUCAUGCUUAUUGUUCAUUCCCUUUAUCCCACUCAAGCAGUUGAAGAAUGAUAAUCUCACUGCAUCUCUGGUCUUCUGUGUAUCCUUGCUUUGUUCAUAUGAUUGGGGAGUAGAAUGACAGAUAAUAAGAAUGUGAACACAUCGGUUUGUUCCGAUAUGAAGAAAUCUUGAUGGGGUGGGGGAAGUAGUUAAGGGAAACAACGUCCCCUCCCUCGCGUGUCUCUCUUUCUGGAGUUGCCAGUAGUUUUCUCAUAGUGUGAAAGUUUUGAUAUGAAUCUCAGAUAUAUUUUUCUUGCUUUAUGUAUAAUUGUGCCCAGCCCCUCCUUUUGAAAAGAGUAGAUCUCUGAUAGACAUCUCUAGUACUAUCUUCUCACAGACUUAGAUUAUAUUAUUCAUCUUUUUUUCCUUCUAUUUCAUGGUGUUCACGGGUCUCUGUCUUUUCUUCAUGUUGAUUUGAAUUACAAAUGACGGUUUACUGAAAAGAUGGAAUAUGCGCUCAAGUGGUGCCUGAAAUGGAGUUCAGAUUCAAUGCUCAAAAUUCAUAAAACCAGUCGUAACCAAUUACAUACAUGAUUAAUUGAUAUUAUAACAUUGUUUGUGUUCACAUUUUGUGUUUACGUUUUGUUAAUGCCUUUGAUAUACCCUUGCCUGGCAACUCCAGAAAGAUUUAAAUCUUUUUUUUUUCAAUUAUAGAAAAUUGGGUUGUAUACAAUUUAGAUCGCACUGUUGUGUGUAAUGUAAUAUUGGGGAUGAGUUAUAAGUGUGUAUGUGGCAGAAUCAAUCUAUUUUCGUAUCAGUUCAGGGCGAUGUAUUAUAAAGCCUUUUGAUUGAUUGUAAGGUUCAUAUUGAGCAUAAGUCUAUGGCUCAUCGUGUAUUGAUCAAACUUAAGAUCAAUCAUAACUCUUUAUAAUACGCGGCCCCGGUGUAUGAAUAUUGGCUUAUGAAUGUUUAUUACUUUGGUGUGUCGAUAUAGAUAUAAUAUACUCCUAUAUUUUUGCCAUACUUCAUUAACGGUACAUGUAGCAUACUCUGUCACUGUUUCUCAUUCUCUUUAGUUUUUUGUUUAUAGUAGAAACAAGGUACUUGAGGAUUCUCCUCAGCAUUCAGCCAUUAAUACCAAUGUCAGUGGUGAAGAGCCUGCUCAGUUAGGACCUGUUCACACACUCAUUGCAAAAACUGCUCCAGUUUAUCAUGCUGGGUCAUUUUUAAGUGUGUGUGAAUGGAGAACGGGGAUGAAUAAAAUGUAGGGCCAUUGUGACAUCACAAAGCCAAUCCCAAAUUAUGCGUAGUACACAUUUUGCAUUAAAUGCUUGCCUGCAUGCAGCUUAUUCAGACCUGGGUAUGAAAACCAUGUACCUGCCAAUCGAGGCCACCAACAUAAUUGGCUCAAGAUUGCUUGGGAGCUGUCUUUGACUUCGGAUAAAAUAGUCGGCCACACACUUCAACUGAAUACUGUUUUAUUAAAGCCACAAGCCGAGUCAAAUAUGAUUGUUUCUGCUGUAAGUAUUGAAUCGAAUACAGGCCCUGGUCCCUACCUGAGCAGCUCUUUCCUGUACCUGGGAUUAACUGUUCCAAGAACUAGGAAAAACCUCACGUUAUUGGCUAAAGUGCUAGGAGACCAUCACCAUAAUGUUAACUAAAAUGUACCAAUUUGCAAUUUUAUGUGAGAGACAUUCUAUGUUAUAGUGUAUCGUCAAUGAUGUAAUGUUUAUUAUUUCAAAGAAAUGGUAUUACUAAUUGUGUAGUUAAUAUAGUUAUGUUUUUUCUGCAUCGAGAUAUUGCAAUGAAUGUAUUGAAUCAAAUUCAGUGCAGGAUUGCAAAUUCAAUUAUUGCCUUGAUAUUUGAUAAAAGGGGAAUUUGAAAUUUGGGGUGUCUUUUUUUGUUCAUAAGCAAGUGGUGAAUUAGCAAUAAAAGCAGCUGCAAGAAAUACGAUGAUCAGACUUUUUGUGAAUAUGUUGUGUGGCAGGCAGAAGGGCGUUAGGCAUAUGUUAGGCACUUGCCAAUUUUGCCAAUUUUUGGAUAAUGUGCUUCAAAAGCUGUUACCACUCUAUAAAUGUUUAACCAUCUUAGAACCUGAUGUGAAUUUCUCUCUUUAUGGACUAAUAACGAGUGAAAAGGGAUGAGCACAUUAUUUUAAAGAUGGAGGGCACUAUAACCCUAAUGACCUGCCUAAUGUUUGCGUUUAGCAGACAGGCACAAUAUGCUAACGCCCUUCUGCCAGCCGCAUGACGAUUAUGGGAUCAAAUGUACAGAAUGCAUGGAAUAGGCACCCACCAUUUGUCUUUGUAUCAAAAUAAACCUGUGUAGUUAUGGACAUAACAUCAUCCUUGUUUGGUACACAUAAGAAGACCUUACUUUCAAGGGCUUUGUCGUGACUGCUCCGAGUGCUCGUUUUCAUUGAGAAAAUGUCUUUUGGAGUGUUCUUGCUAGCGAUGACUUGUUGCGGUGAGAAAAUGGAAAGGGAAAAAAAUUGUUGAAAUAAUAUUAAUAUGAAAUUUUGUAUGAAGUAAUGUUAAAGUUGUACAAAUUUGUUACAUUUGUUGUUCCAUUAUGUGUCAUGCCAGAGAAUAGUUAUAGGUAUAGAAAUGAAGGGAAGAGAUUGGUUUAUUUGUCAUAAAUUAAGAGAUGAAUGGUGCACUGCAGACAUAGA